AUUCGCUCUUGUACACACUUUCAUUCUCUCUCUCUGAUUUUCUCAUUUUCUCUCUCUAUCCGGAAAAUUGAGCGUCCUUGUUUUCUUUAUCUAGAUAUGCUUGAGUAUUAACACUUUGUGCUGUCUUUAAAGCUUUUACUGAGAUCUACUCCUACUAGUACUACUUCUGCUCCUGUAAGGACGACUGAGAUUGAGAUUGGCAGAGAGGAAAAUUAAGAUUAAAAAGGAAAAAACUUUAGAAGGAUUGACAAUAAAGCUGGGACAAAGAGGAAGUGAGUCCUUUAAUUACGGUUUGUGGAUUAGAUUCACUAAAAGACCAGGGUUUCGGCUAUUCUCUGCAAUUCAAGUUGUUUAAAUAAAGUCUCGAAUGAACUAGAGUAAGCAUCAAAAUAUGUUGAGGAGAUGAAUAAAAAGUCAGUUGGUGCUUUAAAGUUACUGUACAACUGCGUUGAAGUGGGCUUGAUUGAGAGUAUCAGAUUGGUAUCUGAUGAUCACAGCUAGUGUCUACAAUUGUUGUGGUGACUGUUAUGAAGAAAAUCUAGUAGGUUUGGUCCGAGCAGCUGCGUUGCAACAGCCUGUGUACUCGCCCUAUUUGGUCAUCGCUGGAAUGCUUAUUUUUCUCUCUGAGGGAGAUGGACUAGCACAUCUUUUUAGGUGACUUAUUUUAAUUGGUCAUAAAAUUCACUGGUUUGUGUUCGUUGGAAGCACACUUAACAGACUUAUGAGUAACUUAGCUGGUUACUAAGGGAAGGUCCUGUUUUUUUGAGAGUGUUAGCCAAGUAUAUUAUAUUGUACGGGUUGUUUAAUGCUGGUUUAAGUAUCAGUAAAUAUGGAAACUUCUGUUCAUCGGUUAGCUCCUUUUGCUGUACCUGCUCUUCUGAUUUCUGUUGGAUAUGUUGAUCCUGGAAAGUGGGCGGCCACCGUUGAAGGUGGCGCUCGUCUUGGGUACGAUCUGUUAGCAUUGAUGCUUGUUUUUAAUUUGGCUGCUAUUUUAUGUCAGUACCUGUCGGCUCGGAUUGGUGUGGUUACUGGAAGGGAUCUUGCUCAGAUUUGCAGUGUCGAAUAUGACAAGUGGACAUGCUUAUUCUUAGGAGUGCAAACAGAGCUGUCAAUGAUAUUAUUGGACCUCACCAUGGUCUUGGGCAUCGCACAUGGGCUUAAUCAUCUGUUUGAGUGGGACUUGUUCACUUGUGUCUUUUUGACUGCCAUUGAUGCUGUUUUAUUUCCUCUUUUUUCUACCCUGCUGGAGAAUUGCAAGGUAAAAUUCUUGUGCAUAUAUGUAGCAGGCUUCAUAUUGCUUUCGUCAGUUCUUGGAGUACUUAUCAAUCAUCCGGAAAUGACUCUUUUCAUGAGUGUGCCUACAAAAUUAAGUGGGGAAAGUGCAUUUGCCGUAAUGAGUCUUCUUGGAUCAAGUAUAAUGCCUCACAAUUUUUACCUUCAUUCUUCUAUUGUACAGCAUCAUGGGCCGUCAAAUGUUUCUAAGGAUGCCUUGUGUCACAACCAUUUUUUUGCCAUACUAUGCAUCUUCAGUGGCAUUUAUGUGGUGAAUUAUGUGCUGAUGAACUCAGCUGCAAAUGUUUUCUACAGCACAGGCCUUGAUUUGCUUACCUUUCAUGAUGCGAUGUCACUAGUUGAACAGGUUCUUAGAGGUCCAAUAGCACCUAUUGCCUUUCUAUUGGUUCUGUUCGUCUCAAAUCAAAUCACAGCAUUGACUUGGAGUGUGGGUGGUCAAGCUGUGUUGCAUGAUUUCUUGAAGCUGGAGAUUCCGGGCUGGCUGCAUUGUGCUACAAUCAGAAUUAUUGCCGUAAUUCCAGCUCUUUAUUGCGUUUGGAGCUCAGGAGCUGAAGGGAUGUAUCAACUGCUUAUAUUCACUCAGGUUUUAGUAGCAUUGCUGCUUCCAUCUUCUGUGAUACCUCUAUUCAGGAUUGCGACAUCAAGACCAAUAAUGGGGCUCCACAAAAUUUCUCAGAUUUUUGAGUUUCUAUCCUUUGUAACAUUUAUUGGGAUGCUUGGCUUGAAGAUUGUUUUUGUUGUGGAAAUGGUGUUUGGGAAUAGCGAUUGGGUAGUUAAUUUGUGGAAUGUGGGUAGUAGUAUGUCAGCUUCCUAUGCUGUUCUCCUCAUCAUCGCUUGUGUAUCAUUUUGUUUGAUGCUCUGGCUGUUAGCUACACCAUUGAAAUCUGCUAGUGUUUUUGAUGCUCAGUUGUUGAACUGGGAUAUAAUGAAGGUUAAACCUGAUUCAUUUACAAACAAAGAGGAUAUUGACAUAACCAAGAGCAGAUAUCAUGGAGAGGCACAUAUUGAGAAACAAGAAUCCUCUCCAGUCUUAGGGAAGGCCUUAGAUAGUCAGUCUGAUAGAACUGGUGAGAGUUUUGAUUUUAAUUUACCUGAGUCUCUUAUGGACCCUGAUCAGGAUAUUCAAUUGAGCACUGUUGAGGAAAAUAGUUCUAUUAAUGCAUUUUCUAGCUCUUCAGUGUGCGAUACAAAGGAAUCUACACCAGUAGCAGAGACAGUUGCUGUCUCCACUGUAGUCAAUGAAGUGUCUAAUAUCACAUUAAUUAAGAACAGUGUAUUGAGAUCUGGUACAAAGGACCUGGUUGAAAAGAUUGUUGCAGUUGAAGUAGAUGUACAAGCUGAUAAAGACGAUGAUGAAGGAGACACUUGGGAGACUGAAGAAUUAUCCAAAGGGGUUCCGGGGACACCAUCUAUGCAAUCUGAGGGUCCAGGAUCAUUUAGGAGUCUCAGUGGAAAGAGUGAUGAUGGGGGAAAUGGUGCUGGGAGUCUUUCGAGACUUGCAGGAUUGGGCCGUGCUGCAAGGCGUCAGCUAGCUGCAGUACUUGAUGAGUUUUGGGGACAACUGUAUGAUUUUCAUGGGCAAGCAACUCCAGAUGCCAGGGCUAAAAAGCUGGAUGUGUUGUUUGGGAUUGAUAUUACAAAGGCUGCCUCUUCCUCCUUGAAAGUGGAUACCUCUACAAAAGACGUUUCUGGAUACUUUUCAUCUGUAGGAGGCAGAGGAUCUGAUCCUUUAAUUAACUCGAGUUUGUAUGACUCUCCCAAACAGCAGAGGGUGCAAAGCAAUUUAGAUUCACAAUAUGGGGGGGUUCAAAGGGGACAGUUCUCAUUGGGGGCCAGCCACACGCAGAUGCUGGAUAACUACGUGCAAAGUAGCCGUAAUGAUCUUGAUUUUAGUGAGAGACGAUAUUCAAGUGUGCGCAACCUACCAUCUUCUGAGAGUUGGGGAGACUAUCAACCAGCUACAGUACAUGGUUAUCAGAUUGCAUCUUAUGUCAAUCGAUUUGGAAAGGAAAGAAGUUCUGAUAACUUGAAUGGUCAAUUGCAGUCACCAGCCUUUAAAUCCUCUGCAAUUGGUUCUGGAAACUACAGGGAUUCAUUUUCAUUUGCCAUGGGGCAGAAGUUACAAAAUGGGUUAAGCACCAGUCAGGUCUCCAAUUUGCAGAAUCUACUGGCAUCUCGAAAUAGUUCACUGCAGACUGAACGCCCAUACUAUUCUCCUGGUAUUACUGGCACGGCUGAGAAUGUGGUAAGCUCAGCCAAUACAAAGAAAUAUCAUAGUUUGCCUGACAUUCAUCGGGAUCUGCAUGCGUCUGAUAAGAUUCCUCAGUGGCAGCAAAAUCCCAGUGGGUUUGGAUCAUCUCUUGGCAGAACGGGUUAUGAACAGUCCCAGUAUGCAACUUCUGGAUUGAGGACGGGAGCUCCUUUAGCAUUUGAUGAACUCUCUCCAUCAAAAGACUACAGAGAUGCUUUAUCAUCACCACUGAAUACUAGUUUUGAUACUAGUUCCCUCUGGUCUAGGCAGCCUUUUGAACAAUUUGGUGUAGCUGAUACUACUCGCACUGUCGAUAGUGGAGCUGGAAGUAGGAUGAGUACUGUAAAUCAGGAAGCUGCUUCCUUUGCAAAUGCAGAGGCUAAGCUUCUCCAGUCUUUCAGACAUUGCAUUGUAAAGCUUCUGAAACUGGAAGGUUCUGACUGGUUGUUCAGGCAGAAUGAUGGGGUUGAUGAGGAUCUUAUUGAUCGUGUGGCUGCAAGAGAGAAAUUUCUUUAUGAUGCUGAGACCAAAGAUACGAAUUGGGGGACUCACAUGGGUGAUCAUCAGUACUCAUCUCCAGAGAGGAAAUAUUCUUCUCUCAAGAACAUCGAUUCAAGUUACCCCCAUUCCACAUUAUCCUCUGUCCCACAUUGUGGGGAGGGUUGUGUUUGGAAAUCUGAUUUGAUAGUAAGCUUUGGGGUCUGGUGCAUCCAUCGAGUUCUUGAUCUCUCACUUAUGGAAAGUCGGCCAGAGCUAUGGGGAAAAUACACUUAUGUACUUAAUCGCCUUCAGGGGAUCGUUGAUGUGGCAUUUUCGAAGCCUCGAACACCAAUGACCCCUUGCUUCUGCCUCCACAUACCAGCAUCAGCACAGCAGAGGUUUAGCCCACCUGUCACGAAUGGAAUGUUGCCACCAGCUGCAAAACCUGCAAAGGGAAAAUGCACCACCGCAGCUGUGCUUCUAGACACAAUCAAGGAUGUGGAGAUUGCAAUCUCUUGUCGAAAAGGCCGAACAGGGACGGCAGCUGGUGAUGUGGCUUUCCCAAAGGGAAAAGAAAACCUUGCGUCUGUUCUCAAACGGUACAGACGUAGACUGUCAAACAAACCGAUCGGUGCUCCGGAGGGGUCUGGUUCGCGCAAGAUGUCAACAUCUGCUGUACCUUAUGUGUCAUAACUCAGAACUGUUCUGUUCACCUCUUGACUUGGGUCAAAAAUUGAGCUAUAUGAUUUUGGGAAAUAGCUCAUCUUCAAAUCUUGGACUCUAGAAUUGGAUAGAGUGGUCGGUGGUGGUUGUGUUCGGAAUAUCUCUCUCACUCUUCAUCUCAAUAUGUAUCAAAAGUCAACAACAGCUGCAAAAGUUUUAUUUGCAUGUAAUGUUAAUGUAUACAUAGGAUAAGAAUCACUGGACAUGUAAUUUGCAGCAGAAUUCAAAGGAAAACGGGUUAGGCAUAGGACAGGGUGGUGGAAAAAAGAAGAAAAAGAAAAGUUGAUAAUGCCAAUUUAUUAGUGUUGGUUGCGUAUGUGACUGUUCUCUACACUAACAUGACGGCAUAAAAAAAACCCCAGGCUUGGCUUUCUUGUGUUUCAAGUUUCAACACCAUGAACAUGCUACAAUUGUCAUUUUUUGUUUUGUCCCCA